AUGGACAACUCAAGUUAUGAAAUGGAAUAUGAUUUCUUCAAUCAAUUUCCUGACGAAACCGUUGAAGAAGUCCUUCCCGCUGUAUUUGACCGCACCACCAAUACAUUCAGAGUCAAAAGAAGAUUAAAUAUUGGAUUGGCCUUGAAAAAAAGCCACAGCAAAGCUUACAACAAGUACAAACCAGUUGAAAAACUCGCUGAAGAUGAGAGCCUUUACGACAGAAAAAUUCAUAAAAAGUGCGCUGGUGCUUUGCGAUGCCUCAGUCUGCAAUGCAAAAGACCUGAAUGGGUCAAGGAUCAAAGACCUCCUGUUGACUGGAAAGACGAGCUUGGCUGCCUCAAAAAGUUUCAAUGCCCAUACUGUGAGGCGCCAUUGAAGCGGAUCGACUGUAGUGUUGGUGCAACUUUCACCUUCCGUGUAGCUGAUAUUCGCAGAGAAGACAGAGGCAGUACAGUUACAAUGUAUCAAGAGAUAACCGAGAAAAAAAAACACACACACUCUAUCUACAACUCGCUUCAUCUUGAUAGAUACGAAAAAAAAGAGUUAAAUAAUAUGGUGAAAGAUAGACCAAACAUCACUGCUGCAGCUGCCAUUGCUGGCAUCAAUCCAUCUACUGGCGCCAUCACGAAAAGCGUCAGAGAAAUCAACAGUGUAAUGGCAAAUCAUGGACGCACCAAGUAUGAGAUCCGGAAGUCGAAGAUCCAACAAGGUCUAUACUCUAUCAAGGAAGAUGUGGUAGCUGCCUUUGAAGAUCUUGAUGAGAAGUAUCCAGGCUUCAUGGAUUCAGCACAGAUUGUCCCUAGCAAGUUUUUUGUGAGCUUCUGUUCACCUGAAAUGCUUCAGCGUAAUCUCCCUUUCGCAGAUCAAUCGAUCAUAACAGAUGUCACUUUCAAGGCUGUCCCAAAGGGCUAUUAUCUAUGCUCAAGUGUCAUCUAUAUCGAGCAACUCCGGAAGCAUGUCGUCUUUUAUCAAGCGAUAAUCAAAAGCAACACUACACAUGUUUUCAAAGAAUACUUUGUUACUUCGUUUAGGAAAUUUGAUGUCAAACUGGAGAACUUUUUGGGAGUCAUUAUGGACUUUUCAGCUGCCCAACGCGAAGGUUUCAUACUAGCCCUCAGGGAUAACUUUGGUGUCAAGCAGCACAAUGCAUUACCUUUUUUAAAAGGGUGCUAUAUGCAUUGGAUGCAAUCAGUCAAGCGCAUGUCCAACAACCACCAAGUUGUCAAGCCAGAUGAGAUUGAUAUCUUCUUGAAGCUAGUCCAUCGGUUCCGUACCACAAGAAACAGUAUCGAAUUCUUUCGAACUGGUAAGGAGCUUUUGACCUUCUUUCCCAACUGUAAAAAGUGGUUACAGUGGUGGCUCCAACCUGGUGUCUCAAGUAUAGUAUUUAGAUGCAAGUCUUUGAUGAAGGACGACUUGAGGCAACACAAGAGCCGCACAUCCAAUGCAAUUGAGGCGUUCCAUAGUGCCUUAUACAAGUUGAUGCCAGAAAAAAGACAACCCGUUUCGACAAGAAGCUUAAGACUUUCGUUGUAG